AUGGAUGGGAUAACAAAUGUUAUGGAGUAUGAGGAAAUUGCAAGGCAGAAACUACCCAAGAUGGUUUAUGACUACUAUGCAUCAGGUGCAGAGGACCAGUGGACUCUUAAGGAGAACCGAAAUGCCUUCUCUCGCAUUUUAUUUCGACCACGCAUUCUUAUCGAUGUUAGCAAGAUUGACAUGUCAGUAACUGUCUUGGGCUUCAAGAUUUCAAUGCCUAUCAUGAUUGCUCCAACAGCAAUGCAGAAAAUGGCUCACCCUGAAGGAGAGUAUGCGACAGCAAGAGCAGCUUCAGCAGCUGACACAAUUAUGACGCUAUCCUCAUGGUCUACUUCCAGUGUUGAGGAGGUUGCUUCAACUGGGCCAGGCAUUCGGUUUUUCCAACUCUAUGUGAAUAAAGACAGGAAUGUGGUUGUCCAGCUCGUAAGAAGAGCUGAGAGUGCUGGUUUCAAGGCAAUUGCUCUCACUGUGGAUACUCCAAGACUUGGCCGUAGGGAAGCUGAUAUCAAAAACAGAUUUACAAUGCCACCAUAUUUGACUUUGAAGAACUAUGAGGGCUUAGACAUUGGCAAGUUGGAUAAGACUGAUGGCUCUGGACUAGCUUUGUAUGUUGCUGAACAAACUGAUGGGUCACUUAACUGGAAGGAUGUGAAGUGGCUUCAGACAAUCACAUCAUUGCCGAUUCUAGUGAAGGGUGUACUCACUGCUGAGGAUACAAGGCUAGCCAUAGAGAAUGGGGCUGCAGGAAUCAUUGUCUCCAAUCAUGGAGCACGCCAGCUUGAUUAUGUUCCUGCUACUAUUAUAGCAUUGGAAGAGGUUGUCAAAGCUGCACAAGGCCGUGUUCCUGUUUUUCUUGAUGGCGGCAUUCGGCGUGGAACAGACGUAUUCAAGGCAUUGGCCCUUGGAGCAUCUGGAAUAUUUAUUGGAAGGCCAGUUGUGUUCUCAUUGGCCGCUGACGGUGAAGCUGGCGUUAGGAAAGUACUUCAGAUGCUUCGUGAUGAGCUUGAACUAACGAUGGCUUUAAGUGGUUGCCGCUCGCUAAAGGAGAUUACUCGCAACCACAUUGUAACCGACUGGGAUGUUCCCAUUCCCCGUGUUGUGCCAAGGUUAUGA